CUACUUUAUUGUUGACGACUUCUAGUACUCUCGAUAGAUCGACAAAGGACAUCACGCCACUGCGACUCUACCUUAACCCUCGACUUCUCUCUCCCUCUCUCCCUUCCCUCAUACUUCUUACACACUCGACACCACCCUCUUCGCAAUGUCCGACGCCCGCCUCCGACGAGUUCAAAAGGAAAUCAGGGCAUGCCAGCAGGACAAGGACUCGCAGAUCACGAUUGAGCUCGUCGAUAACAACCCGUUCCACCUCAUCGGCGCAUUCCCUGGUCCAAGUGAUACCCCGUACGAGGGCGGCUACUAUGAGGUCGACAUUGUCAUCCCCGACUCGUACCCCUUUGAGCCUGUCAAGAUGAAGUUUAUCACGAAGGUGUAUCACCCCAACAUCUCGUCUGCAAGCGGCGCCAUCUGCCUCGACAUUCUGAAAGACAAGUGGUCGCCAGUGCUCACCCUCAAAUCGACGCUCAUCUCGCUCCAGUCGCUGCUAUGCAGCCCAGAGCCCAAUGACCCGCAGGAUGCUGAGGUGGCCAAGCACUUCCUGGCAUCACGCGACAGCUUCAACGCGACGGCCAAGCACUGGGCCCAGUCGUACGCGCAGGCGCCGGCGACCAAGCGGCAGUCGGACAAGCCGGCAACAGAUGCCGAGCUCGCUGGUCUCUCGGAGGCAAGUGUGGUCAAGUUUACCGACAUGGGUUUUGAGCGCGCGACUGUGAUUGCUACGCUCAAGCGCAUGAACUACCGCGGCAACAACGUGUCCAACAUCAAUGAGAACACUGUGGGUACAGCUGGUAAUGCGGCCACUGACAGACGCCAGGUCAUUGAGGAGCUCCUCAAGUAGUCCUCGUCGGCAUCACACUUGCCGCCACCUUGCAACUGACGCGACCCCCCGGACCCCACCCCGCAUCGAGCCCAGGUGUACACAUACUAGCAUUCCUUGUGUCAUAGAGACACGGGGCUCAUGAAGAUUAUGACAUGGCCGGCGGGCAUGUAUUGAGAGUGGUGCAGUGAUACAGGGUGUGUUGGGUGCGGGCCAGGCUGCUGGCGUUCGGCUGCGGCGGCGGUGUAUGAGGGUUGCCUAUCGCCUGCUGGCGGCCUCCUGGCGCUGCUUCUCGGCGGCCUCGAGCGUCUUUUGCUGGCGGAUUUCUAGCACGCGGCGUUUGUUGAAGUACUCGAUCUGCUCCGUCCACACGACCCCUCAUACUCCUUCCUAAAAGCAGCACAGAACCCCUUCUUGUCCCCCAGCUCGCCGUCGCCGGGCUGCACGACGCCGUGCUGGUCCAAACAGGCAAAGUAGGCGUCGCGCGUGCUCCAGCACUUGGCGCGCUGCUCGCGCGACGGCGCGACGGGCUCGGCCGUUUCGCUCUUGGACGACGAGGAGCCCCAGCCGAAGACCAUGGUGUGGUGUGGUGUGUGUUGUCGGGUUGUCGAGUGUCAAG